CGUACUAUCACAUUUUUGAGAUUUUGGUUUGGUUCUAUGAUGUUCAGCAUGCACAGUCGUCCUUGAUAACACUACAACAGCUAAAUGGGCUUUGAGGAUUGGUGUUACAAUAAUGCUGUACUAAUCCCCUCGAUAGCUAUUCUUGCCAUAAUCAUUGUAGUAGGCGCAAUUGGCAACAUCUGCGCUUGUCUGGUGAUUGUUAAAACAAAAUCCCUGCACACACACGCCAAUUACUGCUUAUUGACUCUUGCUUGCUCGGACAUGCUCCUCCUUUUUCUAGCUUGCCCAGUGCAAAUGUAUCACUUUAUCAGCUGCUACGCCAGUAACAAGUUUGUGUGCAAGUUAUACUUCCUUAUAAAAGAGUCAUACGGCUUUACUUCAAUAUUCACUAUCUGUGCUUUUACAGCGGAGCGGUGGUUGGCUGUACGCCAUCCUUUACGAAUGAACGAAUUGAGGAAUUUUUGUAUUGCAUUCGCAUCAGUUAGCAUCUUCGCAUUGUCAAUCGUCGUUGGUUUGAGGAGUUAUGACGUAUCCGUUUUUAAAGGAAAUACGACGGAAAAUGAAACAACUGAGAAAUGUGCGCAAAAUAAGACAGAACUCACUAAAUACACCACAGCUGUAAUAUUCACUUUCUCCUAUCUAAUUCCAGUGAUAAUGCUUGCAACAAUGUGUUUUCAAAUUGCGGCCUGUGCGCACUCAACAUCUCGCAUUGCACGGACAGAAUGCUCGAGAAGAACUUCCAACAAGAUGAACAAACUGCUUGCGGCUAUAGUAGUGUCUUUCUUGGUUUGCUGGUCACCUCAUCAGAUUGCUCAAUUAAUUCAAACUUUUGAUAUUGUGGAUAUCAAGAAGUCUGUAAUGGAUCCCAUUUUAACCAUAUCAGCAUGCUGUUACUAUCUAAAUUGUGCCGUGAACCCCAUCCUAUACAACAUGUUUUCCAAUAAUUUCCGGAGAGCGCUCGUGCAAAUGAUCAGUGGAAGCGAUAUGCUAGGAUUCCAGCUCUUGGAAGAGCUCUUUUAUCACAUCUAUUCCGAAGAUUUUUCAUUCCCCUUGUUUAUUCUGAAAACAAAUGAUGGAAGAGGAAAUCGGUUAAAACUUUCUGAACGUCAAGAACGUGCAAAUACAACGAACCAAACAGCUCUCAUGCCGCACAUAACAGUUAACCUGCACACUAUAUCAGGCACACAUAGGGUCUAUUCGAUAGAGCGAAGCAAGCCCUAG